AUGACGACGCAAACGACGACCGAAGCGUCGAAGCUGACAGUGUCGGAGCUGGAUCGCCCAAUCUACACCAUCGAUGAGCUCAUCAGAAGACGCGCGCUUGAGCUCGGUGAUACUCCGCUAAUCGGGUACCCCAAGGAGGGUCUCCUUGAUUUCGAAGAGCACAGCGCUCGCGCACUUGAUCAAUAUGUUGAUGCCGCCGUGCAAAAGCUUUUGGAGCUGGGGUUGACUUCGGUGGACUCAACAUUAGAGGAGUCUCCCGUCGUGGGCAUCCUGGCGCAAUCCGGCCUUCAUGUAAUCAUCACGAUCAUGGCCCUUAGCCGCCUGGGCUAUGCAGCAUUUCUGAUCUCAACGCGACUGGCCAGCCCGGCCAUCACCCGUCUUUGCGAGUUGGCCAAUUGCACCGCAAUGCUAACAACUCCCAACUUCCACACAGUCUUAUCGGAAGUCCAGCAGCAGCGCCAUCUCGAUGUUCUCCCCUUGCUGGAACACUCAGACUACUACGGGAAAGAUGCCCCCAAAUUCACGCGCGCGUAUGACCAGGAGAGAGAGAACAAGAAGAUCGCCGCCAUCAUCCACUCCUCCGGCUCAACGGGCCUUCCAAAGCCUAUCUACCUGACACACCGCAGCUGCAUCGGCGCUUUCGCAACGAACAUGGGCUUGCGCGCAUUUAUUUGCUCGCCUCUGUUUCAUAGCCAUGGGUUCUAUGAGAUAUUCAGGUCGAUAUACUCCAGACUGCCGAUCUACUUGGGCAACUACAAUAUCCCUUUGACGAGUCAGAAUCUGAUCAAGAUGCUCGACUAUGUCAAGCCUGACAUCUUUCACGUUGUUCCUUACGUGGUGAAGCUUCUCGCUGAGACCGAAGAGGGAAUCCAGGCCCUUGCCAACGUCAAACUUGUCCUCUUCGGCGGCAGUAGUUGUCCGGAUGAGCUUGGAGACCGGUUGGUGAGCAAGGGUGUAUACCUUGUCGGAAACUACGGAUGCACCGAGAUCGGCCGCGUCAUGAACUCAGUGCGUCCAGCAGGCGACAAGGCAUGGAACUACAUGCGCCCACUCCCCGUCGCAAAGCCCUACGUCUUCAUGGACGAGAUCUCCCCCCGCAUCUUCGAAUGCGUCUGCCUCGAUGGGUAUCCCGCCAAGAGCACUUCAAACUCAGACGACCCCCCGAAUUCCUUCCGCACCAGAGACCUCUUCAAACGUCACCCCACGGAGCCGGACUGGUGGAAGUACAUCAGCAGACUCGACGACAGGUUCACCCUCAUCAACGGCGAAAAGGUCCUUCCCAUCCCGAUAGAAGGACGCAUUCGGCAGGAGCAAAUCGUCAAGGAAGCCAUCGUGUUCGGAGAGCAGCGGGACUACCCCGGCGUGCUCAUCGUCAAAGCUGACGGCGCUGCUCACAUCCCGGACGAGCAGUUCAUCGAGGAGAUCUGGCCUGCCGUCGAGGCUGCCAACGCGCAGGCGGAAUCAUUCUCGCGGAUCCCCAGGGAGCUCGUUGUCAUUCUCCCACAUGAUGCCGAGUAUCCCAAGACGGACAAGGGAACUUUUAUCCGGGUGCCGUUCUACCAGAAGUUCGACAAGGAGAUCCAGGCCGCAUACGACCGUUACGAGAACGAAAACGAGGUUGGAGGCUCGCUUGCUUUAGAGGGCGAGGAGCUCGAGAACUGGCUUCUGCAGCAGCUCAAUGAGAAGUCCGAGAAUGCGCUCUCGUCAGUUGAUGCGGACUUCUUCGCUUCGGGUAUCGACAGUCUCCUCUGCAUCCAGAUGUGGAGUCUGAUGAAGAGGAAACUUGAUCUCGGCGGACGACAAGGUCAGCUUGGCCAGAACGUGCUUUACGAAACUGGCAAUAUCAAAGAACUCGCUCGUCAUUUGGAAGGACUCAGAAGCGGUAGGGAAGAUGCUGCCAAGGAUGAGUUCCAGAAGAUGGAGGAUCUGAUUGCCAAGUAUUCCUCAUUCAAGACUCAUGCUGCUGGAUCCGCCCCCAAGCCUGAGAAAGACCUGAUUCUCGUAACCGGUGUUACUGGCGGUCUGGGCGCCCAUAUCCUCGCUCAGCUAGCUACCUUCCCUCACGUCUCCCAAGUCUGGGCGGCUGUUCGCGCGUCCGACGACGAAGCCGCCGCCGCUCGCGUGGAUACAUCCCUCUCCUCAAGAGGCAUCAACCUGACCCAAGAACAGCGCGCGAAGGUCAUCCCGUUGUCAAUAGACCUUGGUCGCCCGGACUUUGGUCUAGGCGCCUCCCGCUUAUCAGAGUUGAAGUCCAAGUUGACCCUGGUAAUCCACAGUGCAUGGGCCGUCAAUUUCAACAUCCCAGUCCAGAGCUUCGAGGACCAGCACAUCAAAGCCGUCCACAAUCUCAUCCAACUCUGCCAGUCCGUCGAGACACCCAACUCGGCACGCUUCUUCUUCUGUUCCUCCGUGUCUUCGGCGGGUGGGACACCAAGACCUGGUACGGUGGCCGAGGGUCCUGUGCCGACGCCGCGAAACGCUCAAGGUACGGGCUACGCGCGGUCCAAGUACGUGUCUGAGCAUAUAACUCGGAACGCGAACAAGAGCAUCGGCGCUCCGGCUCGUGUCCUGAGAAUUGGACAGCUGGUUGGAGAUAGCAAGGUCGGGGAGUGGAACACUACCGAGGGAAUACCGCUGAUGAUUCAGACGGCGGUGACGCUAGGUGCUUUACCCAAGCUUGACGAGGAAAUGACUUGGCUGCCCGUCGAUCUUGGCGCGACCAUCAUCAUCGAGAUGACCAACGCCGACCGGGGCAAACCGGCGCAACAAGUCAGUGAGCGGGAUUCUGACCCAGACCUCGUGUAUCACGUUCUCAAUCCGACUCGGUUCCACUGGGCUAAGCAAAUGCUUCCCUCCUUAUCUGAGGCCGGCCUCAAGUUCGAGGCCCUUCCGACUGACCAGUGGAUGGAGAGACUGCGAAAGUCGGAGCGAGACCCGAAGAAGAACCCACCCAUCAAGCUUCUGGACUGGUUCGAGAGCAAGUAUGGCCAUGGGGCCGGUGCUGCCGGCAAGGGAGUCUUGGAGUACUUGACUGAAGAGACGUUUGUGCGAUUAAUGGUGGACAAGUUGAAGGUACGAUGGGAAGCUGGUAAUUAA